AUGGAACAGAUACGGCCUAUUUAUGAACGGGAGUUUGUCGACUACAAUCCCUCGGACGAAACGAUGCCCUUAGAAGAUCGGAAAGCACUGUCGAUCGUGGAGAACGCCACAAUAAUGUCAGACGGACACUUGGAGGUUCCGAUUCCGUGGAAGGAACAACCUAGGAGCCAUCCGAACAAUUACACUAUUGUGAUCAGACGACUGCACAGCUUGAAGUCGAGACUUUAA